CGGCACAGUGAGCCACGCGUGGUCGUACCGUUGUUGGCUGUAAAAAUAGGGAUCAAGUUUCAAUGAGUCAUUCUAUUUUCUCCGAAACAGUCCAUUGUGUCCCUAGCAGAAAUAAAAUUAACAGAUAUAAAAUACCUGUGACCACGAAAGAAACUUUCUUCGCACUUUAUUGCGUAAUUGUGUUUUUCGAGGGACAGUUGAGUUGAAGAACGAUAUAGCUUUGCAAGAAAAAGGUUUUUUCUUACAUCGCUUGAAGCGCACAAAGGAUGGGUUCAGAAUUGAUGACGAUCCAGGUUAGGUAUUUACAGCGUCAUGUUAAGGAAGGGUAGAAAAAAAUUGUGAAAUAGUGGGAAGAGUCGCCUGGAAUCCAUUAAGAAGCCUGUGACGAAAGCAUUUCCAGUAGUACAAUGUGCCGUUGCCACGUGCGAUGUGCAUAAAGUCUACCAUGGCUCUGAAAGCCGAAAUAGUGACAAUAAAGUUGCAGGUUGUUUCCUGUUCCCGAACUUGCGCAAGAAAUCGCUCGAGACUGAAUUCAUUUUUAACGUCAGGAAGGCUUUAAGCUGUUUUGGCGGAAUCCUUCCUUAACUGGAGCACCGAAAUUCUUUAUUCAACAGGAAAGCACUGCAGAUCGUGCCCUCUACCACAGAACCGUCUAUCUUCGACUACGUGGACAAGCAGACUUUCAAUUGGAAGAAACCGAAGUAGUUUACGACGUGAAAUUUAAACCACCGUGAAAUGGAUAAAGAGCCGCCUGAUCAGCCCACAAAAAGUUGUAUUGGAAUCAUCUAGUAAUUGAAUUAUAGCUGCGUGUACUGCCUCUGUGGUGGAAUUACUGAGCUGGAUGCGGAAACGCAGCACUUUCGCGCUUGCAAGGGUCGGCUUAUGGCCGUCCGAGCAUCAUGAACCAAGUUGCACACGUUUCUCAAUUGGUGCUGCCAUGAAUCAGUUACAAGGUGGAAGGAGCUCUCGUCUUUCGCUGAUGCUGCUUGUUUUCAUCAUUUUGAACUCAGUCUGGUUCAUGACUGCUGGAGCUGCUCCAGUCACGGCCGUAUCCAGCUACACUGGGAGUGAUGCUGCAUCACGCACUCCUCUAAGUCGCUGCCCCGCCAUCUUCAACCCCAUUUCUAUGAUUGCUAACAGCAACGUUAGUGGUGUUAGUAGCUCUGCUAAACAGGGUCUAAUCGGCCGAUCAAAAGCAACGCAAUCGCCGUCAUCGUCGCCAUCAUGUCGUUACUUUCUGAAAAAACGUUUUGGAACUCUAACGACGCCGGGCUUUCCAUCAGCAUUUCCCUUGCCAUGCAUAUGCAGUUGGAUAAUCGAUGCGACAGGAUUUGAACCGGAGUCUUUCAUCACUCUUUAUCUGACGCAAAUGUAUCUAACUCGAGGCGUCAAAGCUGUCCAGUAUUCGUUCCGUAACGAGACUCACGCCGUUGGUCGCAAGGAGCUGGACGAACUGCACGCACAUCGCCCUCGCCCAUAUUCAGUCUACAGGAUUAAAGCACGAUACCUGGAAGUGCAAGUGAACCUGGACGAGCUGGUGAACGCUAACUUGCGCGUCGAACGCCGGCUGAUGGACGUUUACGGCUUCAAUAUUACGUAUGAGAUUCAGCCGAACGGUUCGCGUAUACGCUCCGAUACGUGUAACGUGGUCAACUGUACCUUUAACGGCCAUUGUUACGCUAAUCACAAUUACAGCCAGUUCCAGUGUUCGUGUCUACCGAAUUUCUCGGGCAAGUACUGCCAACACGGUCCCGAAUGCAACCCGGAAAAAGGCAUCAACGUCUGCAAAAAUGGCGGCGUUUGCGGGUAUCGCAUCGGCAUUUCGGUCGUACGCUGCAGCUGUCCACCCAAUUAUAACGGGAGUCUAUGCGAGUUCCGACGUGAAUUCAUUCCAGCCAAAGAGUGCCUUUCCAAACUCCGAUUGAGUUGCAGCCACCACUGCGUCGUUACUGACAAGGGUAUAGCCACUUGCCGCUGUCCGCAGAAUCAAGCCCUGAGAUCUGAUAACUCGACAUGCUAUCCAUUGGUGCCACUGAGAAUCCUGGGACAGGUCGAACUGGAAAGGCCAAACUGCUUUAAUGACACGCGUUUGGUUGAAGGAGUCACAGCCGCGAUGAGAAAAAUGGCAGAAGAAUUUACAGCUUUGAAACUAGUGGUUGGUUCCGUCAAUUUGUUUGAGCCCAACUCAAGUAGACUUCAGUUCAUAUUAUGGAAUUCUGAGAAAUACAACAUGAGCUGGACAAAUGCAGUAGCAUUCCACGGUUCGAUGGAUGCCAGCAGAAACGGCUCCCAUUUGAUUGGGAAUCAAUCGUCCUUGGGACAAAGGUUUCCCUGGAACAGCGGCAGGAAAAAGAUGACAAGGGAUGAAGACAUUUAUAUUCCACAGCAAUGGAAUAACUCCUAUACGUCUUUCGUUCACCAAAUUAACUCCAGGGCGUGGAAGGUGCAAGGUGAGACAAUUGCCAUCCGGAACAUCAGCGUCGUCCAAGUUCCAGCUUUGAUUAUCGAGUGGGUAAAAUUGGAUGUCAAGGGUCAGGUUCGUGAAGGUUAUCCUUUCACAGUGGCAUGCAACGCCAACGGUUCGGGCAAGAAAAAUUUGAAAAUGGGCUGGUACAAGGAUGGCCACCCGAUAGAUGAUUCGUUUGCACUCCAGCGCAACAUGUCCAUUUUUGUUCAUCAACAACAGAACCUGCGUGGAUUUUUCACGCUUUAUUUGGAAGUGAAACAAGCAAACUUGUUCGACCGUGGUGAAUUUGAAUGUUGGGCCAAGGAUUGGGGACAGACCGCCCGCAAGAGCGUCUUUCUCGAUGUCAUUACGCCACCGAUUCUCGACCUGAUGCCUAUGAAUCCUGUUGUUCUUCCGGGUACGGCAGUGAAUUUGACGUGCCGUGACGAGAACCAUCUGGCGCGACGAACAACCACCAAGUACGUCUGGUUGAAAAAUGGCCAGCCCAUCGAAUCAUCCUGCGAAGAAAUCAUCGAAGACUUGACACCAGUCGGCAGUCUGUUGAGAAUCACUUCGAUUCAGCAUAGCACCAAUUACACAUGCCGAGGGGAAAAUGGAACAAAAGUGGCCAACAAGACAACCCAAGUUUUUGUCGCUAGCGAAGAAAGAUCCUGUCCUCAGCAGAAAAGCCAUGGUGUCGAAUGGCUUAGGACGGCUUUUGACAUCACCAAUUACCAGUUCUGUCCUGCUGGAUAUGUCGGUGUGGCCAAGAGACAUUGCUUCGCUGUAAAAGAAUUGCCUGAUGACGGUGGAGAGACGCUUCCAGCUAUAAAACCUUUCUGGAGCUGGGGAGAGCCAGAUUUUUCCAAUUGCAGCGAUCGUGAACUCACUGAAGUAUAUCAUCAGUUGAAGUUGAUCACUUUGGGCUAUGUCGUCACCGACCUUACAUCCAUGGUCAAUAAGUUCGCCGAUUUCAUCGAAUGGAAGCUGAAAGGUAUCGCAGAAUUCAAUCGGUUCACCAACUGGAAAAAUAGAACAGAUGAAGAAGCUACCCCAGCCCCUUAUCUACCUGGGGAAGGAAACAUGUUGUUGGAAAUGGCGAUCAGUCUUGAAGUUUUUCUUUGGAGAAGGACAGAAGUUUUACCACACUCCUUUUGGAAUUCGACGGCUGUCCGUUAUUUAUACGCUCUUGAUGCGCUCUUGUCCAUGCCCCGUGAUAUUUUCCGUUUGAAUGGUGAACUGCCGAUCUUGCGUUUCAUUCAGAAUCACCUAACUCUUCUAGGCAUCAAUCCCAAAGGCGAGUAUCUUCUUGGCAGUAUUGAACGUCAUUUGCUGAAGAACAGCGAUCUUAACGUCGACAAUGAUAGGAAACAGUUCAAGUACAAAGGACGUUUUCCAGUUUUGCCGAGCCAAACAGGAUUCAAAAACCUUAGCCAACUGGCACCUGCCCAGUUCUUUCUCAAUAAGCAAAACGGGUACAAUUUUUCGAUUGAUUUUCAUUCAGUAGAACAUCUCCAAAUCCAAGGUGGUGAAUAUCAUUGCGCCCUGCUGCUACUCCAACCAACAAACCAUUCCCGAGGAUGGGAUAUGGAUUCUUGUUUCAUCGAACGGUUGUCCGAUCCGGCUGCCUUCCGUUGCCAUUGCGACCAUCAAGGAACUGUCGUUCUACUCUACGCCGUAAGAGACAUUGAGCAGACAGAGAAUUCGGUGGUAAACUUGUGGAAAGUCAUUUACUUUGCAGCUUCAGUUAGCCAUUUAGCCGUCGUUUUUGGUCUCGUGACUUUAUGUGCCAUGUGGUACCAACGGCGCUGCGUGUGGUUAUGGUUUCAAAUCCAAGUGGGAAUUUCGCUUUUACCGCCAUCGUCUAUUUACUUCCUGCAAACUGACAUCGUCGUCACCAAUCGUUUCUGGGCCAGUUUACUGACUGCAGCGAUAUAUCAAUAUGCAACCACUGUUUGGGCCAUGAUUAUGUAUUUGAAGAUGAGUGCCACCAAGAGCCCUACAGAACAGGCGACGACGGGAAAACUGAGUCAGAAUAAUAUCAGACUAGUAGGUUUGUCGUUAGGCGUUCCAUUGACGUUAUCUGGGGUCCAGAUUCUCAUCGAGGAAUUUUCCGUUGGUGUGCCGUUCAUCACCUGGUUUUCCCAGCUCAGCUCCUUCUCUGGGAUCUUCUUCUCGUUGGCUUAUAGUACUUUAUUUUUCACCGUCCUUUCGCUCUACGUCACAUCAACAAGGGAACCGGAUGAUUCGGCCGAAAAGUCCAAGACUUUCACGAAGGACGUAUCUCUUCUGAUGAGCAAUAUUGUUCGACACAGUCAUUUUUGUCCGAUGCUCGCUCUGCUGGGUGUACUGGUCACGGGAUCUACGUUGUGCCGCUUCCACUGGUUGUCACUUAGCACCCACUGUGUCGCCGCAUUGUUACAUCUACUAGCUGUCUUAUUGGCGGUCCCCUUGAUGUUAAAUUUUAGCAGUACAAAAUUUUUCUGCCUUUAUUGGUGUUUUUGGCGUCGGAAUAAGUUACCCCAAGGCGAAACGAUGAGUGAGUUGUUGAAUGCAACAGCAAUGGUCGAGAGUCCUCAACGAAAAAGCCUGUUGUCGACAGACCAACAUCCAUCAGAAGGUUUAGAAAGGUCUGCGCAGGCAAGACGAAUAAGUCGUCCUUGCCUGGAUGAGACACCAUUUCCAGUGCAUAAUAGGAUCAGAAGAUUUUACCGAUGCGGUCCGGCUUCGUCUCCUUUGCUGCAAAGAGCGGGUCUCGGCCCUGACGUGCGAGCGCUUAGCUUGGAACAAGAAUCUACCCAUCAAUUGCUUGACAAUAGUUUAACAGCCCUUCAAGCUGACAUAUCACCGACAGAGGCAAUCAAUGGAUCAGGGGAUCUAACAGAGUUUAGUAGAGAUCGAAUAAACUCCACGUCGUCCGAUGGCAUGCAACAAGACGACCUGGAUUCGGGAUUUGGGCCCAGUGGUGGAGGAGGAAGUCAAAAAAUGAAUGGAUUGGAUAAAUACUCUGAUGCUUGGAAGCUCUUGAGAAGAAUUCGGCGGAAGUUGAAGAAACUCAGAUUCCAUUCUAGGGAGAGCACCAGCGAUAGAGGUUCCUUCCGCUCAUGUCAGAGCACUACAAGCACUGUCACGACAGCUGAAAUGAGCGGACAAGGCAGCAGUUUCAUAGCACAGGAGAUGGAGAUUCCAGUUCGAGAAGCUGAACAACUAAAAUGCUUAAUGACUUCUUACAGAUUACGACCAUUUAGGCCCCGAUGGUCUGAAGACUACGGCCAGGAAAACGAAAGGAAUUCCAGUGAAGUCGGCCAUCUUCCCUUAAAGUGCAAACCUUUUCGAGGCCGUUGUUUCAUCAACUGCUCACCAGAGAAAACUGGAUCUAACAUUAUGAUACGACAUGUUUGUCAGAGCAUUGGCACCGGCGACAGCGUAUUUAUGCCGUUGCGCGCUCUGAACGACUGUUGCGAUCAUCGCUUACACAACCUGGAGACUCCAUUUGGCGAACCUUGUCUUAAAGACUCAGUUCACACUAAAUCUGGAACAAUGAUCGUUCAUGCCGUCGUCGAAAGUCACCCAAAGCUAAUGGACAAAGACGUUUGCGAAUAUUUGAAAAUGGAUCCAGCUGGGAGUCUUGCCAUCGAUCAGCAAAGAGUCAAGUGGCUUCAGGUGUACUAUAACACGGUAGUCGAAUCUACGUCCCAAAGUACUAAGACUGGUGAUUCUAAUUGCAUCAGCAGAAUUCAUCUGGCGGGAUCCUUAAAAAGAAACUUUUGUGUCUCGUCGACUUUUUCGAGCAAAAAGAAAAUCUACGGUGGACGAAUCGUCAAGAGGAAACGAUUUUCAUCCCGCAAUAUCACACAUUCCGCUCGCCAAAGUGAGAUCACAUGAAACUGCAAACUGGUGGGAUAGCCUUGUUAUUCAGCCUACACAGCUGACAGUUUGUCUGUUAGAGACCAAAUCUUCUGAUCUGAAUUAGCUAACCAAUUGAGUAGCUUCAGGCUCUAUCCAAAACAAAGAUGUAUUUGUAUAAAUUCGCAAAACAUGACAAACACAAAACGCUAAUUUCGUUGAACGGCCCACGAACGAUGAUUAUAAUAUGCUAGUCAAGUUUUCUUGAAAAUGUGAAAAUUGCCUCAUCUAACAGUUUACAAUGCAAAAAUAAGAACCAGAAUAACAAGGUAACCUUCACUCCCUAUUUAUCCCAAUUGUUUCCCUUUUAACCUUCAUAGCUUUGUUUUUAUUCUGUUGAAUGUCUAUCUCAGGUAAACAAAUGAUUUUCACAAACCGAAGUGUAUUUUUUGUUGUUUUUGUAUUCUGGUAUUUGACAUUACUCACGUACACAUGGAGUUUCAUACCAUAUAAAUACUUUCCUGGCAAACUUCCUUGUCAAAUGUCAGAUUCACAGUUCACCGAAGUUUGCAGACUUACCGCAGGAAUGUUUCUUUUUCUGUUUCUUUACUAUUUUAAGUUUCCCGAUAGGGAUUCUGUCUAGAUGAGAUGAUAUAGUUCCCCGAAGGGAUUCUAUACAACUUUGUUUCUUGGCUUUGGGACCCAAAUUCGCAUCCAUCAAUGAACAGAGGGCGAAGAAGGAAAUUGUGUUCUUGGUAGAUUAAUUGCUUAAUGUGCUUGAAUGUCAUUGAUUGUGUUUCUAUUAAAUUCGUCUUAAUUUUC